UAUGAACAGAAAAGCAAAAUAGAAAACAAAAAUAUCGAUACAGCCAGUAUCAUAACACUUCUAUCUUAAAGUGUUUGAAAUUGAAAAAUCAUAGUUCAUUGCUGCUAUUUAUAAUAACAAUUUUCUACGAAAAGUAAAAGAAGAAAAAGAAGAUGGUUUGGCUUUGGCACAUUUCUUACUUAUAACCUAUAAAACAAACAAAUUUUGAAAUGUAAAUUUAAAGCUAUUAUUAUUGAGAAUGCCAGGCGAUCUAACAACAGUACAAAAUGAAGAGAGUUUCUACAAAAAUGGAGAAAAUUAUUGGUCAGAAGUACCUGCUACCGUAGAUGGAAUGCUUGGCGGAUUUGGGCAUAUAUCAGGCACAGAUAUCCAGGGGUCAAAAACUUUGCUAAGACAGAUUUUCAGUUCCAACAACUCGCCCGGGCGAACGGCAGCGUUAGAUUGUGGCGCCGGUAUAGGAAGAAUUACGAAAUUUUUACUUUGUCCAUUUUUUGACAAAGUUGAUAUGGUAGAGCAAAAUGCUGCAUUUCUCAAGCAAGCCCAAGAUUAUCUUGGACCACAUCUUUAUUCAGAGAAAAUUGAUAAGAUAUAUUCGACCGCUUUGCAAUAUUUUGAGCCUGAUUUUGAAAAGUAUGAUGUGAUUUGGAUCCAGUGGGUUCUGGGACAUUUAACAGAUGAUGAUUUUGUUAUUUUCCUAAAAAAAUGUAGAAAUGGACUCAAGAGAAAUGGAGUUAUUGUUGUUAAGGAGAAUAUUACUUCCAGUGAUCAAGUUGAUGUAGAUGAAAAAGAUUCAUCAGUGACCCGACCACUUUCUCUGUUGAAACUAUUAUUUAUUAAAGCAAAUUUAGAAUGUUCCAGAUUGCAGAAACAAAUUCAUUUUCCCAAAGGUUUGUAUAAUGUUUAUAUGUUUGUGUUGAAACCCAAAUCUGCAGAUGGCAACCCAAUCCGCAAUAUAACAAAAGAAUAACAUAACAUAAUUUCAAGUAGUGCUGUUGCUAAGUAAUAAAAU